AUGCAAUCAUUUGAUCAGAAUGAGAAACAUGUCAAGCUAAAUACAUAUCAGAUAUCUAAAAAACUAUUUUGGUUUAUUUUAUCCUUGAUCAUAAUUGGUCUUGUUGUUUUACUUGUAUUAACUAUUUACUUUGGUGUUCGUUCACAAAAAACGACUAUUGUGUAUCAUGAAACUACGUUAUUAUCAACAAGCACUCAUAAUCCGAAUGAUACAACAACAUCGAUUGGAUCGACAACUACAAUACAUCUGAUUCGACCUGUAGAACGAAUACCAAUGAAUUUGAAACCAGAAUUGUAUCAAUGGACUAUUACACCCGAUUUGAUUCAAGAAAAAUUCGUAGGUGAUCUUCUUUACACAUUUACGUGUCUUGAAUCAACAAAAGAAUUAAUUUUUCAUAUGGUAGACUUGAAUAUCGACAAUUCAACAAUAGCUAUUGUAAAUUCAUCAUCAAGUUCGAUACCCAUCUUUGAUUCAUGGUACUAUGAUGAUCAUAAUCAAUUCAUGAAAAUUAAUUUUUUGUCCAAUUUUCAACCGGCAAUGAUCUAUACACUUCAUAUUGUUUAUUCGGCUAAUAUUGAUCGCGAUCUUGAAGGUAUUUAUUUAAGUGACUAUGUUGAUGUCAAUGGUGUUAGUCGAACAUUUAUAACUUCUCAAAUGGAACCAACAUAUGCCCGAAAUGUGCUUCCAUGCAUUGAUGAACCUGCUCGAAAGGCUUUAUUUCGUAUUACUGUCAAUCAUGAUCCUUCGUAUGCUGUCUGGACGAAUACAGAAUUAGAACAUUCGGAUACAUUGAGUGAUGGCAGAAUUAAUUCUUAUUUUGCUCCUACAUUAAACAUGUCAACAUAUCUAUUGGCCUUGAUUAUAACACCUAAAUUAGAUUUUGCUUGUCGACCAGAUCGUAUUAUAAAUAGUUCAAAGAAUAUUAUAUCAAGAAUAUGUGGACGUAUACCAAUUUUACAAAAAAUGGCAUAUGCUGAUGAUGUAGCCUUCAAAGCAGUAAACUUUUUCAAUCAAUAUUUCGAUAUAGAUUAUGCAUUACCUAAAAUUGAUCAUUUUGCUGUACCUGAUUUCGAAGGUGGUGCUAUGGAAAAUUAUGGUUUAUUGAUCUACGGUGAAAUUGGUUUGUUUUUCGAUGAGAAAAUAGGAUCUACUUCACAGCAACAAUAUGUAACUCUACUUAUAGCUCAUGAAGUAGCACAUCAAUGGUUCGGUAAUUUGGUGUCACCUGCCUGGUGGGGAGAGCUAUGGCUCAAAGAAGGUUUUGCUAAUUAUAUGGAAUCAUUAGCGACUGAUUUUAUCGAACCUUCAUGGAAACAAGAUGAACUAUUUGUUAUUGACAAAGUUUUUUCAUUCAUGAAAGUCGAUUCAUUGCCAACAUCACGACCAAUUAGUAUUGAAAUAAACAAUCUAGCUGAUAUAUUUCUCAUGUAUGAUCAAAUAACUUAUAACAAAGGAUCAUCACUCAUUAGAAUGAUGAAAAUGUUUUUAGGUGCUGAAAUUUUUCAACAAGGUAUUAGAAAUUAUCUGAAACAUUUCAGUUAUAGUUCAGCAACACAACAUGAUCUUUGGCAAUAUUUAAGUGCAGCUACAAACAAUACAAUCGAUGUCGAACUUAUUAUGAAUGGAUGGACACAUCAAGCAGGCUAUCCUAUUGUUGAAAUUAAUCGAAUAUAUAGAAAAAUCGAUCAAAAUUUACAACAACAACAACAAAGAGUCUCUAGUGAAUUAAUUAUUACACAACAACCAUUUAAUCUAUUUCCAUCGACACCAACAUCAAAGACAUGGUGGAUUCCGUUUAAAUAUUUUGAUCGAACAUCACUCGAAUUUUCAAAGGAAAAUCCAAUAGAAUGGUUUAACAGUACAUCGACACGUUUAUCAAUCACAACUUCCGAUUCAGAUUGGAUCAUAGCAAAUCCUGAUUAUUUUGGUCUCUAUCGAGUUAAAUAUGAUUCAAAGAAUUUCAAUCUAAUUCUAGCCCAACUUCAAACAGAUCAUACACGUAUUCCAAAUAUUAAUCGAGCUGCUCUUAUUGAUGAUACAUUUGCUAUAUCACGUACAUUUCUAAUUAAUGCAACAGAGGCCUAUAAAUUAAUUGGUUAUCUUAAAAAUGAAAAUGAUUUCGUUCCUUGGACAGCAGCAUUUUCGGCAAUGAAUCAACAAGAAUAUUUAUUGGGUGAUAAUGAAAUUUUUCCUGAAGUACAACGUUAUUUUCUCAAUUUGAUUUUACCAUUAUACAAUAGUAUCAGUUGGACAACGAUCAAUCAAACAACAGAUUGGCGUCGAGCAUUAAUUCAACCAGAACUUCUCUCAGCUGUUUGUUCUUAUGGUUAUCGUGAUUGUAUAGAUACAGCAAGAAGUAUGUUUCGUCGAUGGUAUUUAAAUCCUGUUCAAAAUGAAAUACCAGGUAGUUUACGUGCUGUUGUCUAUUGUGUUGCGAUUCGUGAAGGUUCUCAUGAAGAAUUCCAAUUUUUAUGGAAACGUCUAGAAGAUGGACCGAUACCUAGCGCGACAUUGGAUCUAUUACAUGGUCUUGCUUGUACAAGAGAUCGAUCACAAAUUAUUUGGUUUCUUAAUCAACAUUUGAAAAAUGAAUCUGUAAUUCGUGAACAAGAUAUAACAUAUUCAAUUAGUAAUGUAGCUCGUUCACGAGAUAGUUAUCAAAUUGCUUGGAUAUGGAUUCAAGAAAACUGGCCUAAUUUAUUUUCAAGAUGGGGAAAGACAGAUUCUGGUCUAGACCAAGUUAUUGACGAUGUAACGAAUCGAUUCGUAACCAUUCGGCAAUUGAAUGAUUUUAAUAUCUUUGCUAAUUCAAUCAUUGAUAAAGGUACUGUCUAUCGUCAAUUUCAACUUUCACAAGAUAAAAUCAAUGCAGCUAUCACUUGGAAUACAGUAAAUAUCGCUUCAAUAACUGCAUUUAUUCAAUCAUUAGAUGAUUCGUCUAUUAGUAACUAUCGUCUACCUUCUUUUGCUAUUCCUCUUCAUUAUGAUCUGUACGUAAAGCCAUAUUUGAAUGUUACGGAUAAUGUUGAUCAUUCUGUAUUCGAUGGUCAAGUACGUAUUCAUAUCAAUAUUACUAAUGCUACUGAUCAUAUUAUUUUACACAAACGUUCUAUUAUUAUUCGAGAACCUAUUGAAAAUACUGGUGAAGUAUCUAUAGUUGAAACAACAUUCAAUCAAGAUCGUGAUCUUUAUACUAUUAUAUUCGAUCGAAUAAUACCAAUCAAUACACAAAUAAAUCUAACAUUAAAUUAUCGUGGUCAAUUGAGCAAUGAAGUAGAUGGAUUCUUUCUUAGUUCCUAUGUAAGAUCAUCUGAUCAAGUUCCACGCUAUCUUCUUGCUUCGACUAUGGCUCCGAUAUCAGCACGACGUGCUUUACCUUGUUUUGAUGAACCAAAUUUCAAAGCAACAUUUUCAUUAUCAGUAGAACAUGAAUCACAAUAUGGUGCAUGGAGUAAUAUGCCUAUAGAAAAUCAAGUUAACCUAAGUAAUGGAUUAAUAUUGACUCAUUUUCAAAAAUCAGUAUCGAUGAGUUCAUAUUUAUUAGCUCUUGUUGUUGCUGAUUUUGAAUGUUUAGCUCGUAAUAAUACAGGUCUUUAUGGAAAUAUCACAACACGUGUAUGUGCUCAACCAGAUAAAAAAGAUGAUUUACAUUAUGCACUUGAAAUAGCAACACAAAAUAUUCAUAAUUUUGAAAAACAAUAUCAAAUUAAUUAUCCAUUAACAAAAUGUGAUCAUAUUGCUCUACCAAAAUUCUUUAACGGUGCAAUGGAAAAUUUUGGUUGUAUUAUGUAUUUUGAAUCACGACUACUCUAUAAUAAUAUUACAUCAACACCACUCAACAAACAAGAUGUAGCACUUUUCAUAGCUCACGAGCUAUCACAUCAAUGGUUCGGUAAUUUGGUUACACAUAGUUGGUGGAACGAUGUAUGGCUCAAUGAAGGAUUUGCUGAGUGGAUGGCAUUUGUUGGUACAAACAAAGUGCAUCCUGAUUGGAAUUCUUAUGAACAACAUAUUGCACAAGAAUGGUUUCCUAUUAUGCAAAAUGAUGCUAUUUCAUUUUCGCUUCCAAUUACUAGACAAAUAACACAUGAUGAACAAUUAAAUAAUAUCUAUAAUUCACUCGUUUAUUUGAAAGGUUCUUCAUUAGUUCGUAUGAUGCAAAAUUUUAUUAUUGAAGAUACAUUUAAUCGAGAAAAAAUCGAUCUUUGGCAAAUUUUAAAUGAACAAAUGAUUAUAGAUAAUAUUUUAUUACCGAGAAAUAUAAGUCUUGGUGAUAUAAUGAAUACAUGGACUGAUCAAAUGGGUUAUCCUUAUAUAGAAGUAAUACGUGACUAUUCAACAAAUAUAAUUUCAAUUAGUCAACAUCAGUUUUUAUUUGAUGUCGAAGCACAACCACCCAAUUCUCCUUAUAACUAUCAAUGGUAUAUUCCAUUUCAAUUCAAAUCAUUAUCAUCAUCAUCAUCAAGUAUUACAUGGUUCAAUGAGAAACAAAUUAACAUAAUCAUAGAUGCAAAUAUUCAAUCAAAUGAAUGGAUUUUAGCUAAUCCAAAUUUGUUAGGUUUCUUUCGUACAAAUUAUGAUAUACGAAAUUGGCAAAUGAUUAUUGAACAACUUAAAAAUGAUCAUAAAAAUUUUACAAUAAUCGAAAGAGCAGGUCUUGUUGAUGAUCUAUUCAACUUAGCUAGAAUAAAUAUUCUGCCGUUAUCACUUGUUUUCGAUAUGCUUAUUUAUGUUAAAUCAGAACAAGAAUAUAUUGUUUGGGAACGUAUUAUCGUAGGUAUUCAAUACAUUGAACAAAUGCUUGCAACGAGUUAUUCAAAUAUUAAUAUUUAUGAACAAUGGCGUUCCUAUUUAAUUGAUCUUAUUCGAUCAAUUUAUAUUUAUUUUGGUUGGAAUAGUCAAUCAAUGAGUGAAAAAUGGAUUGAUACAGUUUAUCGAAAUGUAAUUUUAUCGACUGCUUGUCAAUAUAAUUUGAAAAAUUGUACUGAUUAUGCUCAACAACUCUUUCAAGAAUGGUUCAAUCAUCCAUCGAAUAAUACAAUUGAAAUAAAUUAUCGAGAAAUUAUCUAUUGUACAAAUAUACGUUUAGGUAGUCGAACUCUAUUUCAAUUUCUAUUUCAUCAAUAUCAAAUAACAAAUGAUACACAAGAAAUUUCAAGGUUACAAUUGGCUCUUACAUGUACACAAGAUAUUCAAUUAAUUCGAUAUUUACUUGAAAUUCAUUUUAAUUCUAAUUUAAAUAUUAUUCGACAAAAAGAUAUUCUUUCUGGAAUAAGACUAAUUUGUCGAAAUUCAAUAGGUAUUAAUGAUUGUUGGUCAUAUGUACGUUUAAAAUGGAAAUAUUUAUUGAAAAUUUUUGGACAUUAUGAUUUUAUUUCCUUUAUUCAAGAAUUAACAGAAAAAUUCAAUACUAAACAACAAUUGAAUGAAUUUGAAUUAUUUAUCGAACAAACAAUGAAUCAGGGAAGCUUCGAAGUUGAAUUUCGAUCAUCAAUAGAACGUAUCCGUGCAAAUAUUCAAUGGAUAACAAAUGUGAAGCCGAAUUUAGAAAAAUGGUUUGCAAAUCAGACAUUAACUAUUGAUUUUUAA